UGUAGAAACUUUACAAAAUCUUCAUCUCGGUUUCUUCCGUCUCUUGUUUCUUAGCCGUAUAGCAAGGUAAUUAUUAAUUAUUUGUGUAAAUUGAUCUGAAAACGCAAAAGAUACCAACACAACCCUAAUGUUUGGUCUUAGUUGCAGUCGUGCAGGUAGAUACUCAACAGUUUUUCAAGGAGCGCUUUCAAAACAUCUUUAAAGGCUUACAAGCCUUUCGUUUUUAAUCUUUUUUAAAUGGAUGGUGCGACUGUUUUCUUUCUGUCUGAUGAUAGUUAAAAUCCAAAAAGUCAAAUGAGCCUAAGUUUUGGACUAUAAACUCACAAUUGAUUGAUAAUGUUCCUAUAUGACUUUUACAGUUGCCUUUAAACCCUGUUCAUGUCAAAUGAAAUUCAGGUUUUCUUCUUCAUUCUGAGUAGGCUUGUUUUUGUUUCCUAAACAAAACCACCUCUUUCCAUGAAUAUUAUGGUGUAACUAUGGUGUAACUUCAAAUUUUGGUUUUUAUAUUCUAUCUGGUACUCGUUACUCCUGAUUUGUUUUGCUUCAUUUUGCUUUCUUCGGUUGAAUUAUAUAAUGACAUUUUGAUGUACGCCUAGUUGAAUUUCAUUUUCAUUCAAUGGUAAACUGCAGCCAUUGAAUUUUCUAGUUGCUUCAAAUAAAGUGGUAGUGAUUAAUCCUUCUCAAAGUUAAAGGCUGCAGGCCAACUGUUAAUUAGAAGUUCUCUUCACUUUGAACAGAAGUUCUCAACCGUCAAUGAACCUGUAGUUAUUUUCUAAAUAUUUUACAUGUAAACUUAUUUGUUAACAAACAAUGUAAAGAGUUUACGUGUAAUUUAAAAAUAGAUUACACACAUGACCAAACAAUGUAUUUCUAUUUUAAAUGCAAACUAUUUUACGGCCCUAAACUUUACAUGCAAUCAUUUUGCAUGUAAACUUUUAAUGUCUAAACUACCAAACAGGCUCUAAAGGAAUUAUCGUAUAUGAUUUACUAUUUACACUAAUUUUGCAAAAUACAGUCAACUGGUUUUAUUUUUCGUUCAAAUUAAAAGCUUCAUGUCAUUCAUCGAAUACUAUCGGAGUUCUUGUCAGAUAUUUUUCAGUCGAAUCAUUUCUUCUAGAGUUUUGACUUUUACACAUUUAGUUGGGGUUAUCUGCUCAACUUUUGAGCCUGUAUUACCUGCCACAGUUUAGCUAAUUUAACUUUAGCUUUUCAACUAACUCUGUAGUGUUGUCCGGAAGGAACAUCAACAAGUUGAGUUUAGAUGAUCUGUAAAGAGAGAGUUUAUAUGCCUCUGAAAGAUGAUUUUGGGGUUUCUUUUUACCUUAGGAAACAUAUCCAUACCCAUUUCCUUUUGGCAAUUGAAAACGGUGUGCAGAUUGGACGAGUUUCAUGGGCGUUUCUAAUUCUGUUAAAACAGAAUUCCACCUCAAUUUUACAUUUUUACUGGUUUACAAAAUACUGGUAACUUGGGAAUUGGGAUCGUUUUAGGAAGGUUAACCAUAAAGUUCUUGCUUAACAAGAAUUAGAUUAAUGUGGGAUAAAUGUUAAUAGGUCAGAUUUUUCAUUUGAACUUUGCUAUCUUUUUAGAACAAUUCCACUACAACUCAAUUCUCAAACAUUUAAACUAUCUUGGAUCCACGGAUCCCAAACUCUCAGAGUCACUACCCUUUCGUCCUUCCUGCUCGUCGACCAGAUUUAAUUCUGUGUUGUAUCACGUGUGUGCAGGUUUAAAAGGUCUUGUUGUAGUGGAUUCUCAGCGUGAAGAAGCUUUCACAGAUGGGUGAGGCUCAUGCCAAUGGGGAUAAAAAGAGAGUUGUUUUUGUGACUGUUGGGACUACUUGUUUUGACGCUCUAGUUAAAGCGGUAGACAGUCCUCAAGCUAGGAACGAAUUGUUCAAGAAAGGCUUUACGGAUAUUAUCAUUCAAAUCGGUCGUGGAAACUAUGUUCCCUCAAAGCGGGCUAUGGAAAAUGGAUCCCCGACUCUGGAAUAUUUUACCUUCUCAUCAAGCAUAGCUGAAUAUCUGAAAUCAGCUUCUCUUGUUAUUAGUCAUGCAGGCUCAGGAAGCAUAUUUGAGACAUUGCGUCUUGGCAAACCAUUGAUCGUGGUCGUCAAUGAGGAUUUAAUGGACAAUCAUCAGAGUGAGUUAGCAGAAGAACUUGCAGAAAGGAAGCAUUUGUUUUGUGCACGACCUCACACACUAUAUCAAACCAUUGCUGAUAUGUCCAUAGAGACUCUUGUUCCAUAUCAACCGGGUGAUGCUAAGCCUGUAGCUGAACUCAUUAGUAGGCAUCUUGGUUUCCCUGAAUAAUGAUCUGUCUUAUUUCAGAGAGGUAAAAAAAAUCAAAUUAAGAGUUUGACGGGAGAACACUAAAGAAAAAGGCCUCGUAAUAGUUUUGAAUGUUGUAAAAGAUUAUUGUAUUGCUUUGUGGAUAUCGCUAACAAUCAUAAUAUUAGUCACUCCAGUCAUUUUGCACGGACUUUCAGAGUCAUUAGCUAUGACCUUGCUUCUAAUCGUAGUGUGCUUGCUCCAAUCAAAAAGUACAAUUUGUGUGCAGAAUGGUACAUGCAAACAUUAUGGGACUCGUAAUUG